CUCAGAGCCGCGCGGAGCCGUCCCCGGGGCGCGUCGGGCAGACUAAGGGAGGCGGACGGCGUCCCCGCGGCGCGGCCGCUGGUCUCUGAAGAGGGUCUCGGGACGCUCCCGGCCUGAGGGGCUCCGGCCGGGCGGCGGCGCUUGCAGACCCACGCGGACUGAGGACUAGGCCGCGGGGCCGCGCACUGAGUAGCAGAAAGAGAAUGAAAGAAGUAGAUAACCUUGACAGUAUAAAAGAAGAAUGGGUUUGUGAAACAGGACCUCCUAACAAUCAACCCCUCAGUGAUAACCAACAAAGGGGCUGUGAAUAUUUUGUUGACAGCCUUUUUGAGGAAGCAGAGAAGGUUGGGGCCAAAUGCUUGUCCCCCUCUGAACAGAAGAAACAGGUAGAUGUAAAUAUAAAAUUGUGGAAAAAUGGAUUCACAGUCAAUGGUGACUUUAGAAGGUACUCUGAUGGUGCAAGUCAGCAGUUUCUGAACUCCAUCAAAAAGGGGGAAUUACCUUCAGAAUUACGGGGAGUUUUUGAUAAAGAAGAGGUGGAUGUUAAAGUUGAAGACAAAAAACAUGAAGUCUGCGUGUCUACAAAGCCUGUGUUCCAGCCCUUCUCAGGGCAGGGCCACAGACUGGGAAGUGCUACACCAAAAAUCGUUUCUAAAGCAAAGAGUGUUGAAGCUGAAAAUGAAGGUACUUUGUCUGCCGUUCCACUGAACAACUUGGAGCCCAUCACCAGGAUCCAGAUCUGGUUGGCCAAUGGGGAAAGGACUGUCCAAAGAUUCAACGUUUCUCACAGGGUGAGCCACAUCAAAGACUUCAUUGAAAAAUACCAAGGAUCUCAGAGAAGCCCCCCGUUCGCCCUAGCAACGGCUCUUCCUUUCCUCACACUUCUGGAUGAGACACUCACAUUGGAAGAAGCAGAUUUGCAGAAUGCUGUGAUCAUUCAGAGACUCCAGAUAACUUCUGAGCCUUUUAGAAACCUCUGACAGUUUUGAUUUUUGAGAGACAGGGAAAUGAUGGUUGGAAGUGGACAUGCAGAAGUGGGAGACAGAAGUCAGUUUGACUGAGCUUGAGGUUUGAGGGCUACUUAAUUCCUUAUGAGUUAGAGAGUAAUGUAUGCCUAGAAACCACAGUUGAUGCAUGUUUCUCAAAGGCCGCUAAGAAAAAAGUAUUUUCAAAUACUAGUUAACCAAUACAUAUUAAAGAGCUGUAUCAUUAAUCUCAAUGUGGUCUAAAUUAGCAAAGUGUCUACAACAUUAGCAUUGAAACAUUAUUUCCAAACAGCAGAUAUCAAUGUAAAUGUUAGCUAUCUCAAUUUUAAAUAGCAUCACUUGAAAUAUUGUACAUGACUUGUUAAAAGCAUCAGUGUAAUUAUUACGUUGCCUAAACCUUCUCAGUUUUCACUCUGUGAUGGCAAGAGAUAUUCAAAUAUUAAUUAGGCAACAGUGUCCAAGAUGAAUAAUGUUUUAGGAAUAAAAUUGUGUAGCUUAGUACAAUGUUAGUAUUGGGUGCCUACACACUUUUCUAUACCUUUUAUAUGUAAUUUUAUGGGCUGGGGAUGUAGCUCAAUAGUUGAGUAUUUGCCAAGUAUUUAUGAAACCCUAGGUUCAAUUAAUCCCCAGCCAAGUAUAUAUAUUUUUUUAAAUCAUUUUUAAUAAACAGAAUGCAUAUUUAUUUAAGUAUAUGAAGAUAAUAUAUUAAAACAAGGAAAGGGAGUACCAAAUUCAAGAGAAAUACAUAUAAAAUUCAUACAGUGGGCUUGAGGGCAAGGAAACAUUAACACAUAUAAAGCAUAUAAAAACCAACGUACAUGGCAACCCCUUCAAGGGGGGCUUUGCUCCACAUCCAGCCCCCGGGGUCAGGGACACCAGUCCAAAGGACAGAGGCCUAGGAGGAGGCCUUGAGGCAGUUGCAGAUAGAGUUUUGAGCUCAACAACUUGUCUACUGUGGUGCAGACAUAGCGUAGCCGGCUAGCCAGUUCCUUGCAGCAGCUAUAUUCCUCCAGAAGGCUUAGGCAGUAUGUACGGAAGUCCCUCUUAUCAGUGUAGGUCACUGCUGCCAUUGGAUGAGUUCUGGAAGAAAUUAAUCUGUACACUGCUAUCGCUGAGGUACAGAAUGAUGGCCCUGCGUGUGCAGAGCCAUGUUUACAGAAAGGGAAGACUGGCCGGUUGUGGUGGCGCACGCCGGUAGGAUUUGCUGAAGGAGGCAGAAAGGGAAGACUGGCCAGCUCAUCGUUUUCCCCAGGGUGUGAUGCUGGCCCCUGACUUUAGCAGGUGUUCACUCAUGUAACAGGUGGAAAUAGGUGAGGGGCGUGAUCUUCAAGGAGUUAGGGUGUGUAUGGUAGGCUGUGACCAUCAUUGUAGAGGUUGAGGUAUGUUGAGUCAUUAAAGAGCACCACCAUACUGCAAACAAAGAAUUAUUCAAGAACCACAGUUCAUUCUCUUCCAAAAAAUUUUCCCCCAAAACUAGGAACUUAUUUUUAGCCAGUAUUUGUAAUUAGCCAUUUGUUUGCCACCUCUCAACUAUAAUCUAUUUUGUCAUAUUAUAAAUUUAUGAAUGUUUCUACAUUUCUCAUGUAUCUACAAAAAAGAGAGAAAGUCUCCUUUGUGGAUUUCUCAGUUUCUAAUUAUCAGGGGGUUUUCUUGUGUAUCUUGUAGAGUACAUGUCAGGGAGAGUUUCCAAUAGGAAGAACAGUUAUCAGCAAUAACUGGUGUUUUUUUUUAAACUGUGAAAAUGUUAGCAUAAACAAUGUUCUUAAAGAUAAUCAUCUGAUAAAGCUUUUACUUGAAAUUUAAAAAUUGUGAAGUUGCUAGAGUCCUUACCACAGGUUGGCUUUGGAAAAAUAAAUGCCAAGAAAGCAAAACUUGAAAUAAAUGAGCAUCUUAGGAGUGGGAUGCAAUUUGACCAAAGUCAUUGCUUCAAAUUUGUCACCUGUCAGUUAUCUUGCUUAUAAGGUGGACAUACAGAAGUACAUAUCUGAUAUACAUAUCCUGAUUUGCUAGAUUAUUAUGCGCUCUCAAAGCUAAAAUAACCUUACUUUAUCAUGUCUCACUCAGUAAACUUCAUGUUUCCAAACAUUGACAGUGCAGUAUGUGUAUUUAUUUUAGUGCCUUAAUAUGUUGUAGAAUAUUAUUUUAUUUAAGGUGUGUUACAUUUGUUUAUGCUCUGGAACAUUUGUUUAACAAUGUAAAGAUGUGUUGCUUUUGUUAGUGCUGCAAUUCUAUAACUCUGUGAAGCUGUGAUUCUUUGUCUGUCUAAAACACCUGAUGGUCUAAUAAAGAGCUGACCAGCCAAUAGCAAGGCAGGAGAACGGAUAGGCGGGGCUGGCCAGCAGAGAGAAUAGAUAGGAGAAAUGAGAAGGAGCAAGAUAGAACAAGGAGAGAGGAUGAUGUCAGGGGCCCACCAGCCAGGAAUGAUAAGAGUGAAAGUAAGAUAUAUGGAAGAAAAGGAAAAAACCCAGAGGCAAAAGGUGGUUUGGAUAAUUUCAGAAAAACUAGCUAGAAACAAACCAAUGCUAAGGCCAGACAUUCAUAAGAAAAAGUAAGCCUCUGUGUGUGAUUUACUUGGGACCUGGGUGGCGGGUCCCCCAAAGAGCCAAAGAAAGAAUAAACUACAAACAACAUGAAUGUAUUUUGAUGUGAUAUUUUGCUAAUGGUUAAAUGAACUGUUCUAAGGUAAAGUGCUGUUCAUUGAAAGGAUCUGUUAAAUAAUUUACACUUGGUAUAAAACAGUUACGUGUGAA